AUGUCGGAAACUGUCCCAAAGCUGCCGGUUCUACGGCUGAACAACCCGUUCAUUCAGAACCUCAUCGCGUCGGGAUGUCUCUUCUGUAACCCGGGGUUGUACCUCGCCAUUUCGCUCCUCGGAGCCGGUGGCGGCCGCGCCUCGUCAAUCAGCAUGGCCAAUAUCAGCAAUGGCGUCCUCUACGGGGUAUUUGUCUUUUCGGCGCUGGGGGCCAGUACGAUCCUCAACCUCUUUGGUCCACGGUACACGAUGAUGUUCGGCGUCACUGGCUACCCGGUCUACAUUGGGGCCAUGUGGUACUUUGAUGAGUAUGGCCAUCUCUGGUUCCCGGUCUUUGCAGGCGCCUAUCUGGGCCUCACUGCGGGCUGUCUCUGGACCACGGCCGCAUACACUUCUAACGCGUAUGCCGAGGAGAAACAGAAGGGCUCCUGGCGUGCAAUCCAGUGGACGAUGAACGUCUCGGGCGCGGCAACAGGUGCCUGCGUGGCCCUGGGUGUAAGCUGGAACUCCAACUCUCUGAGCGUGCCGCACGCCGUGUACAUCGUCUUUAUCGUUCUUCAGUGCUUGUCCCUGGGUCUCGCCAUGCUGCUGCUGCCCCCUGACCGGAUCCGCCGCAGUGACGGAACCGCUUUGGCUGCCUUUGAGGCCAUCUCGCUCUGGGACUCGCUCAAGAUGACCGCCUUGCUGUUUAAGGAUUGGCGGGCCAUGGCCAUGAUCAUCCCAUCUUUCACGGGCGAGAUGUUCUUCCCCUUCCAGGCUUCGAUGAACGCCUACGCCUUCAAUCUGCGCACUCGAACCCUCAACAGCCUCUUGAAUAACCUCAUUCAGAUUCCCGUCACUAUUGGCAUGGGCAUGCUGCUUGAUUCGGAACGCAUUGGCAGCCGCAAGAAGCGGGCGCUGAUUGGUGUCACCUUCGAUGCCGUCUGGAUCACUGGCACCUACAUUGCGCAGACCGCCUGGCUGGCAAGCUGGAAGUUUGACCGUAGUGUUCCAGGCCCGAUGAUCGACUGCACGGAUGACGCCUAUGCGGGUGCCAUUGUCAUCUAUAUGAUGUAUGCCUCGCAAUAUGGCAUCUUUCAGAAUCUGGUGCUAUAUAUCAUGACAUCCCUGACCAAUGAACCUCGCAAGACGGCUGCAUUGUCUGGCUUCUUCGUUGCAUGGCUUAGUGCGGGUACAGCUGUAUCCUUUGGGGUCGACGCGACCUCUCAACCCUAUGAGAACGAGAACGCGGCUUAUUUUGCCUUGGCUACUACAUGCUGGCCCAUUAUGUUCUUCAUUGCAUGGAAGUGUACCACUGCCACUAACUAUCCGCUCGAGAAGGAUGUCGUUGUACCAGUACACGUCCGGAAGGAGUUGGGUAUUGAUGACAUCGACGGAAUAGAGAUAGAGGUCCCAAGUGGUAUCGAUGAUAAGAAGACUCCAGGCGAUGUAUCAGAGAAGGCCUAA